AUGGGCGACCCCCGCCUCCUCCUCCUGCCCCGGCCCUCAUGGCUCCUGGCCCUGGCCUCCCUGGCCUCCCUGGCCUUGGCCGCCGCCUGGCAAUGGGCGCGAAGCCGGCGGAGAAAGAGCAGGAGAAGCAGCCCCCUUCUGAAGCCCGUGGGCACGGUCUCCGGGCUCUUCGUUUACCCGGUCAAGUCCUGCCGCGGGCUGGCUGUGCAGAGCGCCCAGGUGACGCCGCUGGGCCUCAGGAGCGGGGACCUGGGAGACAGGUGCUGGCUUGUAAUAAAGGAAGAUGGACACAUGGUGACGGCGCGGCAAGAGCCUCGGCUGGUCUUGAUUUCCAUCACCAAUGAAAAUGGUUAUUUAAUUCUGAGUGCUCCAGAGAUGAAAGAUCUUCAUGUUCCUGCCACUCUAUCAAACAAAAAUCCAGUGCAGAAUUGCAGAAUUUUUGGCUUUGAUAUCCAGGGCAGAGACUGUGGAGAUGAGGCAGCUAAAUGGAUCACAGCCUUUCUGAAAUCAGAGCCAUAUCGUUUGGUUCACUUUGAACCAAACAUGAGUCCAAGAAAUGCAAACGAUUUAAUUGAGCUUUUUCGACCAAGCGAUAAGAUUGCCUAUCCUGACUGUAGUCCAAUUAUGGUCCUCUCUGAAGCUUCUUUAGAAGAGCUAAAUUCCCGACUGGAGAAGAAAGUGCAGAUACGUAACUUCAGGCCAAACAUUUUGGUCACAGGCUGUGGUCCUCAUGAGGAGGAUACCUGGGAUGAGAUUGUAAUUGGAGAUGUAGAAAUGAAAGGAGCAUUGGCCUGCCCUAGGUGUAUUUUUACUACUGUUGAUCCAGAUACUGGAAUUAUGGACAGAAAAGAGCCUCUUGAAACCUUGAAAAGUUAUCGCUUAUGUGAGCCUUCUAAACGGCAUAUAUACAAAUCAAGUCCUCUCUUUGGAUGGUACUUUGGAAUUGAUAAAAGUGGAACCGUUCAAGUUGGUGACAUUGUGUACAAAAUAAGCUGAUGGUGGAGCUGUCUUCCAAAUGGAAACUAUAUUUUGGAUCUUUUAAGUGCCUUUUUGUGGAAACUGUUGUGUUUCUAAUGGAUAUUUUAUACCUUGCAUUCAGCAGUAAUAAAAUGUAAUAUUUUACUGAACAGUGCUGUUGUACAUAAUGAGAUGAUCUUGGAGAUUUGGAGAACAAAUUGUUAUAGUAGAAAUAUAUGUAUAGUAGACCUUAUAUAUAUAGUAAUCAGAAACUGGAGGUGACUUCUUUCAGAAUUCAGGAAUAAGCAGCACAGUAUGAUUUGAUUACAUGUGAUGACUUCUGGUUUGGACAAGACUGUAUAUAUUCAGCAUCUUGUUUUAUUGCAGCACCACUUGCAAUGUAUUUUCUUCUGUUUCAUUUAUAUUACUACAAUUAGAAAAUACAAUAACACUAUACACACAUGCUGUCCCUACACAAAAGUAUUCUCAGUUUCAAGACAUAACUUAAUUCAUUCUUAAAAGUUCUCUAAUUUUGCAAAAUAUAUUUCUGUUGAGAAUCAUUUUAUAAAGAAUCAAAUUCACUGGCUGCAAUGUAUAUAAAUAAAUCUGAUAUUGGAAA